AUGAAACUAUUAUUAACAACACCAUUACGAAAUUUGCAAUGUCUCGUGUGGGCCUUGCUGGUCUUGGCUGUUUUGGUUCAUUCGGCACCACAGGCUCCUUCGUCUGGUGCCCCCGCCACUACUGCUGCUGCUUCUAGCACAGAUCCUUCACAAACAGCAACAGCAUUAUCGACUGGUUCUACACCUGUCCAAACAAACACUGCUUCCGCAGCGACAUCACCCGCUUCUACUUCUAACGUAGCCACACCAUCAGCUCCAAAUAAUUCAGGAUCAACAGCUGGAGCGCAAAAUUCACAGUCACCAGUCGUAACAGUAGUAGUCACCAAAGAAACAUCUACUACGGUUGUAGCCAAAACAGCCAGCACGAUAACCACAAUUGAUCAAAGUCCAACAGUGACCACCACUUCAGUCAACAAUCCCACUUGUUUUCCUGAUGCGCAGAUUCCGGGAAAACUGGUUUGCGCCGAUCCGACGUUGUAUUGUGACAACACGAGUGGCCUUUGCGUGGCGAAACAAGAAAACAAUCUCCCUUGCAGCGACGAGAGCCAGUGCAAAUCUGGAGCUUGUCUAAAUAGUGUUUGUGCCGACAAUACAAACAAUACCAAUCCCAAUGCUCUUAAUGGAAAUGAUAACUCUGGAAACCCUGGCGUAAAAGUUGGGAUUGUGGCUGGAAUCGUGGUUGGAAUAAUGUGCGCAAUCGGAAUCGCUUUCUGGUUAUUUAAUUAUUUGCAAAGACGUAAAAUGAACAAUGGUUCACGUUCUAGUCUUGUUAAACCGAAUUAUUAUGAUAAUGCUGACGCUGAUGAGUUUGGUGGUUAUCCAGCAUCUAAGCAUCCCGAAGAGAUGCAAUCAAUGUACCCAUUUUCAGGUCAAUCUGCUGCAUUCUCAAAUACUAGUCCUCCGCAAACUUUGCCACCUGCACCACAAGUACGCAAUCAUACACGUAUAGGAAGUAUGGGUGAUCCUACUCAACGCCGUACAAGCUUCUAUUCAAACGGAGCAUCAUUCAACUACAACAACGAUGCUUUUGACGGAUCUAAAAAUAAUUUUAGUAUCUCUCGUGGCACACCAGUCCCCAACAACAUGGACAAUAAUGAAAAUAAGCAACUACCACAAAUACCACCACAGGCACACAGUUAUCGUCCUUCUUUUUCAAACGAUUUGGACCUGUCUAAUAAUAGUGAUCGAUUGUCAAAGUAUAAUUAUCUUGCAAAAGCGUUCUUUAAUAUGCGCACAUCGCUUGAUAAUUCAGCAUCGCGUAAUAAUAUUGCCAAUAAUGACUAUGAUAGCAACAAUGGAAAUGCCAGCAUGCGUUAUAAUAAUAGUAAUAAUGCGCCCAUGUCAAACGCAACAAAUAUGACUGUUGCCGAUGCUACCAUUCGACAACAAAAACCAUUAACACAAUCACCACCGCAACAGCAUACGAAAUCCAAUUCCGAAUACUCUAUAAAACCAAGCAACGUGAAUGUUGUAUAUAACGUGGCAAGCCCUCAACAAGGCAGAGAGUUGCGUAAUAAUUUACAUGAAGCCGCGAAAGCCAUUCAAGAACAAGAAGACAAAUUGAAAAGGGGCAUUGCUGCAACAAAUGAUUCAAAGAAAUCAAAUCAACAGGAUUCUGCACUCCGUGAUUCGAAUAUAUUAGCAGGUGACGAACAGGAUGAAAUUGUACAUUCCACUACUGACUCGAUGUAUUUAGGUGUCGGAGCUGAUGUGCUAAUGGAACCGGUUGAUUAUACAUCACCAACCGGUAAUGGUCGAUAUAAAAUGUCCUCAAUGUAUUCAACUUUCUCGCGGGAUUCAAUUCUUUUUUCAAAUUUUACAAAUAUGCCGGAUGUGCCAGCGAUGCCUCCCCUCAGUUCGUUGAAUGGUAAUUUGACUGGUGGUACCAUAUCUUCGACCUCCGUCUUACCAAAGCCAGCACCCUCUGCCAAAACCCCAUCACAUAAUCACACUUUAUCAAAAGAUUCUGAUAUAAUCUCACUUAACAAAGUUCCUCGUGCAUCUGUGUACACAUUACACGCGCCAAUUUUCAAAUCCUAUCAAUCAUCGCCUGAACAUCAACGAAACAUGUCUUCGUCUUCGUUACGGUCUCAAAUCGCUCAUCAACGAAAUAUGUCUCAGGCCUCGCAAACAUCUUCGAUAUCGCGUCAUCAACGUGAUUUCUCAAAUGCUUCACAGGUGUUCAACCCAUCACCGUUGAGUCAAGGUCAAGGUCAUUCACGCAAUCUCUCGAAAUCAUCACAAUUGAGUGCUGCUAGUAAAUAUAGUCAAAGCAGUAGCAUCUAUAGUUCUGCUAAUUCCGCUGAUUCCGAAACAUCCUCCAACUCGAAGAAAUCAGCUUCCCCAACUUUUGGUGUUAGUGCAAACAAUACGACAUCAUCAAAGACCCUCAAUAAUAACUUUACCAAUAUUACCAAUAACAACUCACUUUCAACAAAACCUUACAAUAUCAAUCGUGAAUCAACCUCAUCGAUAUCCGGAGCCUCCGACCUCACAUCAAGCACUACCGAAGCGGAAUACGACUACUUAGUUCCAGAGAUGAGCACCAUCGAAGAACGCAUGGCCGAGGAUGAAUUAUACGCUAUGUCACACGCGUCGAGUUAUUCAAUAAGAACAAGUGAAUUGGAUCUUGACCACGAUUUAGACGCGAUCCGACAAUUUGCCGAAAAUGCUUGGGGCACGUUAAAUGGCGGAAUUGAUACGUCGAGUAGUAGUGGGAAAAAUAGCAACAACGGCACGUUUUCUACCAAUAUGCUGUCUAGGAGCACUAGUCACUUGUCGAAAUCUUCGACAGAGUCUACGGCUACUGUUACUGCUCGUCCAUUGGUUGGUGGUAAUAAUACUAUUGAUUAUAGAAUACCUAUUUCUGAGGAUGAAGAGGAUCCUGAUUAUCGAAAUCACCCGUUAUGUAAACUAUAUAUUGAGGACGAGCCUUACGUGUCAUCAGACCCCGGGUUAUUAUUUUCGUCGUCUCAAACAACUUCUUUAAAAGGACAAACACUUGGGAAAGCGAGACCUAGAGAUCAGAUAAUAUGGGCCAUUCGUGUGAUCUCUACAUAUGCUACUUUUUAUAAGGUUGCGAUUACUGCAACAUAUUGGAUGGAACUUGCAAACGGCCUACCGAAAGGAGAGUCAGUUGAGGUUCAAGGCUGGCCAGCUGAGAAUGGUUUGACGACUGGUUUCGAUCUCGCUGAACCAGGAGGAAGAUGA